UCCAGCAUCAGAAUCACCCGUUUCUCUAUUUUCAGACAUAAAAAAACCCUACGAAAAAAGAAAAAAGCAUAGUGGCAGCCUGUGAUCUCGCAGCAACGUUACUCACAAAACGCUCUCAACGACGUGUCGCCCAACCAACAUCGUUGGUGACGCGCCACUAAAACUAACGUCGUUUCUCCCUUUAUCACCAUGAAACACCAACGUUAACCCACGCCAUAACAUAAUUUCUCUUCCUCCACCCCCACCCCCACCCUCUCUCAUUCAAACCAUGCAUGCACAACUUCAACCCUUCCACUCUUCCUCUCUCUAACUCAUACGUACAUACCCCUCCCGCCACCUAUAUACCAUACCAUACCAUACCACAUACACGUACACGUAUACGUAAAUUCGUAUCUUCACAGAGUAUGUCUUCCCAUUGGUGUUACCGCUGCAACAAAUUCAUCAGAGCAUGGAGACAAGAAAUGCCGGUAUGUCCCGAUUGCGACAGCGGAUUCGUCGAAGAGGUAAUCGAACCAUCCAACCCCGCGGUCGAGACCCGCCGCCGUAGGUUCCCGACUGCGGCGGCGAUGUACAUGAUCGGCCACCGCGGCUCCGAUCACAACCCUCGCUCCUCCCGCCGCCAGCAUUGCAGGACAACCGCCUCGGACCGCUCACCGUUGAAUCCGGUCAUCAUGCUCCGCGGCGAGGGGACGAGCCGCGACCGCCGCACCGGCUUCGACCUUUUCUACGACGACGGCGCCGGCGCCGGAAUCCGCCCCCUGCCUCCGAGGAUGUCGGAGUUUCUCCUGGGAACAGGCUUCGAGCGCGUGAUGGAGCAGCUUUCCCACGUGGAGUCCAGCAACGGCGGCGGGGGCCACGAGCGGAGCCAGGCGCCGGCGUCGAAAGCCGCCGUGGAGGGCCUCCCGGCGAUUGAGAUAAACGAGACGCACACGGCGAUAGAAUCUCACUGCGCGGUGUGCAAGGAGGCUUUUGAGGUUUGCACGAUGGCAAAGGAAAUGCCAUGCAAGCACAUUUACCACCCCGAGUGUAUCUUACCGUGGCUGGCGAUACGAAACUCGUGCCCCGUGUGUCGGCACGAGUUGCCGUGCGAGAGCGCACGUGCGAGGCUGGAGCGUGUGGAGGAGGAGGAGGAGGAGGAGAACUUGGGGUUGACGAUCUGGCGGUUACCCGGGGGAGGGUUUGCGGUGGGGAGGUUCGGGAGAAGGGGUGGUGGUGAGGCAGAUCUUGACGUUCCUCUUGUUUACACGGAGGUGGAUGGUGGGUUUAACAACGUUGUUGGGGAACCUAGGAGGGUUUCGUGGUCGGUUUCCGAGUCUAGAGGGAGGACAAGAGGUGGUGCCUUUCGGAGGAUGUUUGGUGGUUUGUUUCGUUGCUUGGGGGGUGGGGUUAGGGCUCAUACUUCUUCUAGAUCUGUCGAUGCUAUAGACAUUUCCACAAGUGGGAGGAGUGCUAUUAUUACUCGAUCUAAUUCUAAUAAUAACGUCCUUCUUCCUCCUUCUUCUUCUUCUCCACCCUCGCGUAGGACUUGGUCUAUGGAAGUCAACGGUGGAACCAGACUAUGGUAAUAUAAAUAUCAAAUCAGAAGGGUCAAUCAUGGAGUGUGAUGGAGGAUGCAAUAAUGCUAUGGGAGAGUGAGGUUGCAUGUUGUCAUCUUAAUCUUAAUUAAUUUAAUGUAUGGGAAUCUUGUGAGAAGAAAUUUACGACAGCAUGGGUGGAGAAAGCUAGCCUCUGCGUUACUUUUGUGCAUAUUUUAUUGGGGGCGGGAUUAGUGGGACAUGGAUGUAUGAUGUGAUAAUCAUCUGAUCUGAAGGGCCUUCGUGUUGUUCUUGUAUUUUCUUACUCAUCGUUUGUAAAGUUUAAUUAGUUUCA